CCAUUUACCAUAAUGUUUCAAAAUCAAGCAGACAAGCUAGUUAUAGGACAGGUGAGGAGGUGGUCCGUGAAAAAGCUUCAAUGCCUGGGGAAAAGGGAAGCGCUCUCUCCAUGAGCAUCGUGGGUUGCUGGAUUUUAGCCCUAUUUGUCCCAUUACUUGUGGCCAAUGUCAAGUCUUCAAAAGAUGGUCAGCCGUGUGAACCUCAUGGACCCCCAGGACCUCAAGGACCCAGAGGUCUUCCAGGGCCAAUUGGACUUCCAGGACUCCCAGGUGUACCAGGACCAAGAGGGAAAACUGGGUUACCUGGAGAGGUUGAGAAGUGCCCGUCUCUACCUCAGUCUGCCUUUUCCGUCAAGCUGAAUGGGUCUUUCCCAGGACCCUCCCAGCCCAUUGUCUUCCAGGAAGCUCUGUACAACCAUCCCGGCCACUUUGACCUGGCCACGGGGGUGUUCACCUGCCACGUCCCCGGUGUGUACCACUUUGGCUUUGACAUUGCCUUGUCUCAGAACGUUGUCAAGGUGGGUCUCCUACGGAAUGCCACCCAGAUCAGAGACAAACAGGCAGAGGCCAAGGACGGCCAUGAGCAUGCUUCAGGAAGUUCCAUCCUGCAGCUGGAGAAAGGGGACAGGGUCUGGCUGGAGUCAAUGCUAGACAAAGAAGAAUCUGGAAAAGGAACGAUUCAAACCGUGUUUUAUGGGUUUUUGAUCAAUGGAAAUUAAGAUGGCUUUGGGUUAGCUGCAUAGUUCCCUCCCUCAAGUAACUCUGAAUUUAAGAAAAGAAGCUUUCUACUCCUCUCAUGCCAAGUAUUUCCUCUAGAAUUUUUAAAAGAUGAACAGCUCACAAAAUCAGUAAUGGCCAAGUUGAACAAAAUGAAUGUAUUACCAAUCACUGAAAUCAAUAAAGA